UCUGAUUAAACUCAUCCUGUGGGAUUUAUAAGCAUUUUGAGAAAUGAGGACGUCACCAAUGUCUUCACAUUUCACCUCCUUUCUGUAAUACCUGUGUCACACCCAUGUCAUUAUACAGAUUUGUGUCCUGAUAUGUCACAAAAACACGUACACACACACACACACACACAGCGCUCAGUGUGAAGGAGGAAAUGAGAUUGCGAUGAGGAAAUGAACAGGAAGAGUUUGUCAGAGAGAUGAUCAGCGGCAGAAGAUGGAGAUGUGUGUCUUCACCCUCCUCAUGUGCGCGUGUCUUUCAGAGGCCUUCAACAUGGACACCGAACAUCCGCUGGUGUAUAACGGCAGCGCAGCAGAUUUCUUUGGUUACAGCGUUCAUCAGUCUGAGAGCAGCACACAGAUUAUUGUCGGAGCUCCAUUAGCCAGGAACUCAACAGGUGAAAUCUACACCUGCGCAUCAGAUCUGCGCUCCUGCAAAGCGCUGCGCCGGCCAGACUCAGAGCGCGUCCGCUUCUUCAGCAUGUCUGUGUCUGUGUCGCCUGACGCUCCGCUGACUAGCUGCAGUCCGUAUCUCCCUCAUGAUUGUGAUGGAAACUCGUAUCUGAACGGCAUCUGCUACCAGUUCAACAGCGGCUUACAGGCCGUCUCCAACUUCACUGCCGCUUACCAAGAAUGCACAAAGAGAGAGGUCAACCUGGUGUUUCUGUUUGAUGGAUCCCGCAGUAUGAAGCCAGAAGAGUUUGAUCUGAAUAAAGACUUCAUUACAGAUAUCAUGAAGAAACUGUCGAACUCCUCCAUAAAGUUCGCUGCCGUCCAGUUUGCAACAACCUUCAGUACUGUGUUUGACUUCAACGACUAUCAGCUCGGCUCCGCUGAACAGAAACUGCAGAAGGAGAAGCACAUGAGCGCGCUCACAAACACACACGGGGCCAUCAAAUACGUCCUAGAGAAUCUGCUGAAUAACGUGUCGUCUGGAGCCAAUCCCAAAGCUCAGCACGCCCUGGUGAUCAUCACAGAUGGAGACCCCACCGAUCGGGAUAAUGAACAUGUGCUCGAGAAAUGUGACAAGCAAAAUAUCCUGCGCUACAUCAUUGGGGUGGGAGGCCUUGCAAAUUUAGCCAGACUAACUUCACUGGCAUCAGAACCAAAACACAACAACACUUUCUUUAUUAAGGACUAUAAAGGACUCGAAGGACUUCUGGAUAACCUGCAAAAGAAGAUCUACAACAUUGAGGGCUCAACAGAAGCACACAGCAAAGACAGACUGAAAGAGUUAUCACAAAGCGGAUUCAGCGUCAUCAACCACAAGGACUCUGUGAUCGUGGGCUCGGUUGGAUCUAAUGACUGGCGUGGAUCUCUGUAUGAAGUGACGGGAUCAGGAUCUGGAGUGAAAGAGACUGAGAUUAGAGAUCCGUUCGUCAGUAAAGACUCAUAUAUGGGUUACUCUGCUGUGCUGGGAGCGAGAGCCGGCGUCUCCUUUCUGUUCUCCGGGGCUCCGCGAGCCGAACACAUGGGUCUGGUGACUCUCUUCAUCAAGAAUGACAGCAGCUGGAGAGUGAGCUGGAACAUCUCAGGGGAACAGAUUGGAUCAUAUUUCGGAGCGUCUCUGAGUCUGCUGGAUGUGGACUCUGAUGGAGACUCAGAUUUCCUGCUGGUCGGAGCUCCGCUGUUCCACCAGUCUCAGCCGAGGGCGGAGGGCAAGCUGUACGUCUACACCUUUUCUGAUGGGCCCUUCCAGAAGAUGCUGAAUGUGAGCGGGUCAAACAUUGGCAGGUUUUCUGCAUCUCUGGCAUCCCUAAAGGACCUGAAUGGAGACAGCCUGUCAGAUGUGGCGGUCGGGGCUCCGCUUGAGAACGAUGGAGAAGGAGUCGUCUACAUCUACCUGGGUGACGGGAUGCGUGGCAUCAACCUUAAUCACGCUCCUCAGCGGAUUUCGGGCCGGUCGGUUCUGCCUGGUCUUCAGCAGUUUGGAGUGUCUCUGUCCGGCCAGAUGGACAUGAGCGAUGACAACCUGACAGAUGUGGUGAUCGGAGCGCGAGGAGGGAUGGUGCUGCUCAAGGCUCGGCCGGUGAUGUCUGUAUCUGUGCAGCUCAGCUUCAGUCCUAAUGAAAUCAACCUGAACUACUUUGAAUGUCCAAGUGACAAAGUGUUGAAUGUGUUUAAUCUCACUUCAUGUUUCACGAUGAAGGAGCAGACGAGCAGCAACGGAUCGCUCGACAAGAAGCUGAACGUUUCUCUGGAGCUGAACGUGGACGUGAUGAGAGGAAUCAAUCGAGGGUUCUUUGUUCAGAGGGAUUCAUCAUCCAAGGCUCUGCAGCAGCUCCUCCUGCUGGAUUCUGGGAUCUUCUGUCGGAGCUUCCCCGUCUUCAUGCCGGGCUGUGUUGCAGACACAGUGUCUCCUCUGAAGAUACGAAUGAAUUUCUCUCAGAGUGAGAUGUCUGGAAGCUCUGUGGCUGUUCUGGAUGUCUACAGCAGGACAGAGGAGUAUGUGGAGGUGCCGUUUCAAAGGAACUGUAAUUCCAAUAACAGCUGUGUGGCCGAUCUGAAGCUGGACUUCAGUUUUAGGAACAACACGUUAGUGGUGGCGAAUCAAGCUCAUUUCACGCUCCUCAUAUCGCUGGAGAACCCCGGCGACGACUCCUUCAACACCAGCAUAGUGCUGCACUACCCAGACGGCCUCUCGCUCUCAAAUUUCCUGACGGUUAAGCCCAGCCGGACCCGAAGCAGCUGUGGUGAUCGCGACAGCGGAGCGACAAACAGAACCACCUGCAGCAUCAAUCUACCAGUGUACCGCAGCGGCACUACAACUCAGUUUCAGGCAACAUUUCGAGUGUCGAAGUGGGAUUACGACUGGUCCGACAUGAUGGAGAUGAUGAUCACGGCCAACAGCGACAACAAUGGAAACACGAGCGCUGCGGCGGUGAGGAGGAGUGUACCGGUUCAGUUCGCUGUCGAUGUGGCCAUCAGUCUAUCGGCUGAAGACUCUGUGACGUACCUGAACUUCUCUCUGGAGGACAGAGGUCCAAAACCUCUCCGCAUCGUCUACAAGGUGGAGAAUCUGGGUGUAAAGGGUCUGCCGGUGAGGGUCUCGCUCCACCUGCCCUGUCCAACUACACCUGUGCGUUUAAGCAAACAGAAGUUCAGCGUGCAGCAGAACUCUACAGACGUGGCGUGCACAUCCUCUGAGGACGAUCACUGCGAGACGAUUGAGUGUUCUCAGUUUCAUCUGGACAAACAUUCAGUCGUUCAGUUCAUCCUGACAGCAGACGCCACUUUCCAGAGCGUGAAGGAGUACGAGAGCAAAUUUUCCUUCCAGGAGUUGAGGAAGGAUUUCUCCUUGAACAUCAGUGCCGAGCUCAACUACAACAGAAGCCGCUACAACCAGACGUCCACAGGCCUGAAGGACGACCCUCAUAAAUCACAGAUCACAGUGAAGGCCGAGUUCGUCCUUCCUCCCAAUCGAAUGCUCAUCAUCAGUGUUGGUGCAGGGGGCGGGCUCAUCUUGCUCAUUAUCAUAUUCUUCCUGCUGGUGAAGUGUGGGUUCUUCAAGCGUAGGCGUCCUGAAGAGUUUCCCUCUCAGACUGAUGAUGUAUCUGCUCUGGAGAACAGCCCUGAAGACUCUCCUCUCAUGGACACAGAUGCUAAAGACGGUGCAGGAGUCGCUGUGAAGGAGAACGGAGCGAGUGCAGACCCGACAAACACAGAACAAUAACAACACAGCUCAUUUAGCACAGAUUAGCUGUACAUAUGAUAAUGCUGGGGGUUUACAAGCAUUUGUUUACAGUCUGAAGCCUCGACGUCUGAUGUGUUUUUAGAGGUUGUGUUGUGUUGUGUUGUGUUGAGUUGUGUUGUGUUGAGUUGUGUUGUGUUGAUUUGAUUUGUGUUGUGUUGAUUCCAGUCAAUUAGAAUUUUAUUUAUAAGCCAAUUUAAAAUAUUUACUGUGAUAAUUUGAUUAAAUCUUCUGUUUAUUCUUCAUGUUUUUCUUAACAUUUAAUGUUUUUUGGAGAAGAGAUGUAUUAUUUGUGCUGUAACAAUAAUAAAAUAGUUAAUUAAAGGAGAUAUUCACGG